ACAACGCACACGUGACGCGGGGUCCGUUUCAUCAUCAUUACAUUUUGUUGCACUUUUCACCAUAUCCUCCGUUCUUAUACUGAGCCGUGAGACUGCGGGGUAUUCACAAGCGUUAACGUGGUUCAGCUGACCAAUGACACUUUCUCACAAUAGCGACGGCUAUUCACAAUCAGUAUGGAAAAUCCAAGAGAUGGCCAACCAAGCACAAUUAUCGAAAUCGCUCCUGAUGGCGACCUCCUUCUGUUGGUUGGGCCAGACGAGACAAGAAUGCGCGUUCAUUCUAUGUCAUUGAUGACAGUAUCGAAACCCUUCUCCGAAGGCCUUGACAUGCACGAUCAGGGCAGACCUUCCGAGCUAUUGCUACCUGAAGACAAUGUUGCUGUAUUAGCAAUCACCUGUUCCGUCAUUCAUCAUAAGAACAGUGAGGUACCUCGAACGCUCGCUGUUAGCAAUGUCCUCGCAGUCGCUACCGCUACGGACAAGUACGAUUGUAGCAAUACGCUCAGAUUUGCCACUAAAAGCUGGCUACGACCCUCUAGAGAAUUGGCUAGCAAUCUUAUGCUUCUCACUACCGCAGCAUAUCUCUUACAGAAUACACAAGCUUUCAAGGAGAUCACGAGAGCAUUAAUACUUAGCUAUGAUAAUGCCGAAUCUCUCAUAACGUAG